AGAAGGAGCAUCUCCGUGGACCUCGACGCUUCUUGUUUUGAAUUAGACCGAUUGGGUCCGCUUUACAAACGUCUUAAACAUGAUUCCCAGUCUCAGGUUUCUCUCUUCACUUUCAUUUUCCAUCAAUUUUCCCGAGAAACAAACAGAAAAAUUUGGUUUUAAUUUUUUUUUUUUUACUAUUUCGGAUGAUACCCACUACUAGUCCACUUGAAGAACCAAGCCCUCUUGAUUUGCGUCUUAAAAAGACUCCAUCUUUUUUAGAUUUAAUUCAAAUGAAACUUUCUGAAGGAAAUAAUAAUAAUAAUACCAAGCAAGAUCACAAGGAUGCAGUUUUAAUACUACCGAUAAGUUCAAGGCUUCUAAUUUUCCUUCUACCCUUUUGAGAAUUGGGAGCUGGGAGUAUAAAUAAAGAUAUGAAGGAGAUUUGGUUGAAAUUCAGUGGUCUCAUAUUGUGGCUAUUAAGGCUAAUUUCCCGGAUGAGGGGCCUCAAUCUUUGGAUGUUGUGAUAAUUUCUAUUUAAUUUCUGUAUUUAAUAGAAGCUCGAAGAUUUUCCCGUGCUCAGUGAGUUCUUACGUGGCAACAUACCAUUUGCAGUUGCAUAACUAACUUUGGCUCCAAAGAAUCUGUAGCUGUUUAUAUAUAACCAACUGAGCAGAGAAAAGAAAAACAUUACUACUCCCUCAUUUUCUUUUCUUUUCUUUCUCUAAAGCAAAAUUGAAAAUGGAGACUGUGACAGAUGAGAGAUUGAGUGUUUCUGAGAGAAGACAAGUAGAACAAUGGCUAGCAGUGGAACCCAAGUCUUUAAAUGUUAGAGCCAGAACUCACGCAUCUUAUUGGAAACUCAGACGAGAAAUUGUACGCUUCAUCGCUCAAUUUUACAAGUCUUUGAAUGUUAGAGCCACAACUCACGCAUCUUACUGGAAACUCAGACGAGUAGUUGUACCCUUCAUCGCUCAAAGCGCCAUGAUUGAUCUAUUCGACGCUAAUGUUCGAUAUCUGGCUAUGAACAUCUUCGAUAGAUUCACUUCGACCCAUACAUUGCCGACAUUAGGGGAGAGAGAUGUUGCUUACCGUGUUAAGAUACUCGCAUUGAGUUGCCUGUUUAUUGGUGUGAAGAUGAAUGAUGAUUCUAUCGACAAGAUAAUAAAUCUGAAACAGGAACCUUAUAUGGAAAUUGAUGAAAAAGAUGUUGAGACUGUUGAGAGUCUGAUUCUCGAUAGAAUUGGUCCGCUGGAGAAUUGCGUAAAUGCUGUAAAUGCUCUAUAUUAUGUGCCGAGCUUCAGUUCUAUAGCAGAAGAACGAGGAUCGAAGUUCAAGUCGGAUGUUACUCAGCUGAUAUAUCAAUCACACGAAGACAUAAGAUGUAUACAGUUCAGGCCUUCAUCGGUAGCAGCAUCAGCUGUUCUUAUGAUCGUUAAAGCAAUGGACGCUGCAAAGUAUUCUGAAUGUAUGGAAAGGUUUACAAUCAAAGAUCUCCAACUGAAUAGGGAAGAACUAGAAGCCUGUUACAGUAAGAUGAGUGACUAUUUCAAUCCUGAAAUUGAUACACUGUCUCCGGGACAGGGCGUGGGAGAAAUACAACCCGUCGAUUUUGAUUUGGAUGAAACUCAUUUUCCUCGUGAAUGAAAAGGGUUGUCAGGUUGUCAUUAGAACUUCAAGAACUGCUGUUUACUAUUAGAUGAAUUUUCAUAAACAUGAUUGGAUUGGAAAAACUAUUUUCGAGUUAUAUGCUUAUAGGAGAUUACUUUUUGAGCAUAAUUGCAGCAAUUUGUUUAGUUUAGUUUAGUUAGAACGAAUGUGAUUUGAUCUGCAACAACAUUGAAACAGAGAAUCUUGAUUUUACAUAAAAUUGCCCUACUAUUAGUUGUUA